ACAGCCCCGCUCACCGACCCACAGGCCUUUGAUUAUAUGUUCAAAGUGCUCCUCAUUGGAAACAGCGGUGUUGGGAAGACAAGCUUCUUGUUCCGCUACGCUGACAACUCCUUUACGUCUACUUUUGUCAGCACAGUGGGUAUCGACUUCAAAGUGAAAAGUAUCCUACGAAAGAACAGGAGGAUCAAGUUACAAAUUUGGGACACUGCUGGUCAAGAGCGAUAUCGCACCAUCACCACAGCUUACUAUAGAGGGGCAAUGGGUUUUGUGUUGAUGUAUGACGUCACCAAUGAAGUGUCUUUCGGCGCGGUUCAGGAUUGGAUCUAUCAGAUAAAAAUUCACUCCUGUGCGAAUGUGCCCAUAGUGAUAGUGGGAAACAAAAGUGACCAAGCAAACAGGAUUGUUCAGCAGCAAGAGGGUCAAUUAUUGGCGACCUCGCUGGGUCUAGAUUUCUUUGAGACUUCAGCUAAGGAGAACGUCAAUGUGUCCGCUGUGUUUGAUCGUCUGGUGGACCUUAUCUGCGACAAAAUGUCGGAACUUGUAGAUGUAGAUCCGAACAUGAUCAACGACGCUGCCAAAUCUACACGACUAACUGAAAGACCUAAUAAAGGCCAAUGUGGCUGCUGA